AUAUUUGUGGUGCUCCAUAGAACUUAAAAGGCCUAUUUUUGUAUGGCUGUAUCUUUUGGUAUCACAUAUUGUUAUUUAAUGUGUAUUUCAUGGUAUUUGCUCUGUCACACGUUUAGUAUUAUGUUCUAGCAAAUUGUAAUACCUUGAGUUAAUUUACUACUCUUAGUGUUAUUACAGAAGCAAUGGCAACAGGAGAUCUGUACAACAAUUUGAAGAAACUUCAGCAUGUGCUAAAACAAAUGAAGUAUCCAAAUCAUACUGACUACAAAGGUUUGAGUUCUGGAUGCCCUGAGGCGAUUGUGCCAUUGUAUCGCUAUGCCUUCACAAGUUAUAGUCAGCCCUUGAUGGAAGAUAUAGCCAAGUUGAACAUCGUCGAGAUGACAACUUGCCCAGACAUUAGGUUCAUUGAAAAAAUGUACAAGGUACUGAGAGAGUUAUUUGCUUACAAGGCACCACUGACAAAGGAUCAGUUCUUUACCAAAGAGCUGUUUGUGGAGAAAAAAAUCAUCAUGGCGACAGAUAUUCUGAGGCUUGUCCGAGAACGUAGCCCCCACAUUCUUUAUUGUAAACGAAGCAUCGUGAGAAAAGGGGAGCAUCGGCGCGCGGCCUCGUGUGGGAGCUACCGACCGUGCAGACUGGGUAGCGGCUUGUCAUUGGCCAGUACCGGAAGUGAGGCAUCUUAUGCGACAAUGGUCAGUGAACAGUCAGCGGCGUCCACGGGCAGUCAGAUGCGUGCAGUCACUACAGAAACUUUGUGGGUGGACAACGUGCAUGCCACUCAACUGCCUGUCAUGAUAGAUGAGGAUGGGCAGCAGAAAGUGAUGAAAUCCAAAACUAAACGGAAUGAGAAAAGUUCACAGACACAAACAAAGACACAUUCCCACCAAGUAGUGACAGAUGAGGUACGGCGAUUGGUGCCAUCUAGUGUGAACUAUAGCAAUGAGCAGCUUGUUAAGGUAGGAUUAACCACCUCACCUGGGCAUGGAGACCACCUUCCUGCCUCCAACACAACUAAGGCUGCUUCCCCUGUUGACACAUAUCGUCAUGGACUCGAACAACAACUGGCUACUACAAUGGAGUCACUUGCCCUACUAAUGGAACGAGUAAAUCUGAUUACUGAUAAGUGGGAGACGUGGGAACAUCAAGACUUUCAACAGUGCGAAAAGUCAGUCGAGAAUGAUAAUCUGCAGUUGGAAACAGAAACCACAGUGAAGACACAACUAGCCUCUAUUGCAGCUACAUUAGCCAAUCUCUCGAAUAGAAUUUACCUGGUCGAAACCAGAAUGACUAUGAUGGAGAGCAAGAUAGAGAAUCGAAGAAACGGAGAUGCUUCUGUACUGACACGGAAACCAAAGCUUUCUACCGAGGAUGGAUUUACAGUCGAGGCCCUUCUCUAAGUGACAUUUUCCCUGGUCAUGGAGUGAUCUAAAGAUGUGUCUAUGUCAGUGGUUCUUAACCUUCAUUGAGUCAUGGACCCCUUUGAGAAUCUGGUGAAAGCUACGGACCCCUCCUCAGAAAAAUGCACAUAAACACGUAAACAGAAAAUGUUGAAUAGGAAUAGGAAAAUUGAACGGACCCCCCUGAAGCCCAUCCUCAGACCCCAAAGGGGUCCAUUGACCACGGGUUAAGAACCCCUGGUCUAUAUGGUGUUAAGAUCUGAAGACGUGGUUUUCUGAUGGAAUCCAGAUCCUAUACAUAUUGAACCAACCUACGAUGCUCAUUCCUCUCUUUUGCACCUGACAUUCGGAAGAUGUGUUCGGCACAAUGUUCAGAAGACUAUUCUAUUAUUUGGCACAUAACUAUUUAUAUUAAAUAUUUACGAAUUCAAGUUUAUAAUACCAUAUUUUAUGCUAGUGAUUGGGAGUUAUUUUCAAGUGUUUGUUUACCCGAUUGUUUUUUAAUAAAACCGUGUGCAACGUCAAUGUCCGUCUAACAUAAGAGAAUGCUCUCACGUAAUUAAGAGAGUGCAAACGCAUUCUACUACUAUGUCAUUUUUCUUUUGAUGUUUGUACGUAGGCAUUUGUUAUAAACAUUGGUCCUGCUAUUGUUCUAUUGAUAUAGUGCAGUCUCUCACAAGUCUACAUCUUGUGAACUUGUACCUUACAUGUGUUACUACAAUAUGAAAAAAAAUUGGUUGAUCGAUUGAUAUGAAUUAUACCAGGAGUGAAUAACAACAAAUCGAAAAUACCAAAUAACCGGGACUGUUAUUGUUUAUAUUUACUUCUCAUUGUAUGUAACAUUUAUUAUUGUAAAACUAACUACGUUUGUAAUAAAAUGAUGCUUGUAAAGUA